GUCGGGCGUUUCUACAACACUCUUACAAAGUUUAAAGUUUACGAGGAUUAUCUGGACUCUAAAGUCACCCCGCUGGAUUUAUUUUAUUUACAGAGCCGGGAGUUGGCCCGUAAGCUGGUGGAGCACGGCCACAAGGGACCGGUUCUGAGCCGCCAGGACUUCCAGGAGAGGAAGGCAGCUGCACAGGCCAAACCGAGCGGCGUUUUCUACAGCUGCAGCCGAGCAGUGAUACUGGCAAGUGCAGGAAAAGAGCUGAAAGAUAACUUCCUGAAGGCCCUGGCAGAGCGAGAAGAGGCCAACCGCAGUGGGAAAAUGACUGAUGGAAACAAAAUCCAUACUGUGUCGAGUCGCUCCGGUCCCUCCCCAAAUCCCACCAGAGCCAAACGCCUGAACCCGUUUCCUAAAACCACUCAGCUCCAGUCAAUCAUUUUCAUAAGGGAUUAUAAUCCACUUGGACAGGAGGUAUCUGGAUAUAUAGACUACGCCCACAGACUCAAGACUCAAGAUUUUGAACCAUAUUUCAGCGAAAGGAAAAGGCUCAUGCCAGGCCGUUCAGAUUUAUGCUACUACAACUGGAGGACCCAGGUGUCCAGCUCCAACUCCAGCUCCAACUUCCAGGUGGUUUACGACGACCCCGGUGGUCUUCUCUUCAGGAACAAGAAGGAUAAGAAGAUCCUGAACCUGGACCCCUGGUCCGGUCCCGGUGAGGCCUCCAGCAGGACCCUCCUGCAGUCGGACCUCUACGUCCACGUGGUCCUGUUCGACCACGCCGUCAGAGCCGUCUGAGCUCCAGCAGGCCCGACGGAGCGAGCAGCCGAAGCCUCUAAUCUGACCCCUUCGUAUCAGGCGUGCCAUCAGGGUGGAGGUGCUGCAGUUUGGAAAUUAAACCGAGGAGUCCCAGAGGAAGCAGCAGACGGACCGGUGUGGCGGCUGAAAACAGCCCCCGAUUUCAAAUCUGAAAUUCCUUUUUUAGUUUAGUUUCCCAGCAUUCCACUGAGUCCGGGGCAGGACCCAGCUCAGGGACCCCAGGCCCGACCAGCGCUCGGUCCAACAUGUUUGUCUAAACAAAUUAAAGGCGUAAGAGCUUUGAGGGACGGCGGGGGUUGCUUUUAUGUCCUCCCCCAGGCUGCGGUAGCUGGGAUGGGACUGGACGAGUGGGUAAUGGGCUUAAAGCAUUCCUCAUGUCCUCAGAUGUGAGGAGCACCGAGCUCCACAUCAAAGUGCUCCAUCAUUUACAUAUUAGUCAUCCGCCGACACGCUUUAAUGCAAAUAACCUGCUGCUGCUCAGGUUGGAAGGGUUUGUUUCUGCCUCCACAGCUGAAACAGACGGGAGGAAUCAUCACUUCAAUCAGGUUCUCUUUAAACCAUCCAGGAUUAGUUUAACAUUAGACUUUAUUUAAUAAACAUUUAUUUAACUGUAAAAUAAAGACUGAAAAAAUACU